AUGCAAGAAACAAAAUAUGAAGAAACUACUCUGGAGCCAGAGCGGCAUCAUCGUCGUGGGUCCGAGCUUCUCACGGACUGCAACUACGCCGUCAUGGGUGAAACGGAGUUGAUUGACAAGGCCGGCCCCAAGGGCUACAAGCUCGACAAGCACAAACUCGAGCUGGAGCUCGAAGAUGAGGCGGCGGCCGCCGCCGGCGACUCGUCUGCCGUCGUCACGGUUGGCAGGGUCUGCACGGCAGUGGCGGCGCACAUGAAGACGCACCCGAGAACUCGGUCAAAGUGA